AUGCUGGACCUACUGAGGGACAGCCAGGCAACGGCGUACCAAUGGACCCAAUUUGCAGCGGAGUACUGGCGAUUGGGGAGGCUGGAUGAUGCAGAGCAGCUGGCUGAGUCGGGUAUUGAGGUACUCACGGCGAAGGGGAUGAGCCACGGGCUCUCUGCCCUACACGCUCUAUUGUCCAACAUUCAACUAGCACGCGUCAGGAGCGCGCCUAAAGUCAUCCUACCGGACGCGAAGAUGGACAUACUCCACGAGAAGACGAAGGAAGAUUACCACGGCUCCGCCACACAACAUCUGAACCACUGCGCGGAGGAUAGCGAAUACCUCUCAGGCCAGACAUGCAUGCUCACCCGAGCUAUCAUGCAAUUGUCAACCCGCGCCAUCGACGACGCGCUCAAGUCCUUUGACUUCGUCCUGACCAAAUGGCCUACGAACUUCGUAGCGCUCAUGGGCAAGGCUCGGAUUCUCCUUCUCCACCGCAAGCAUCGAGAAGCACUCAAGCUCUUCCAGCACGUCCUACAGCUCAACCCGAACUGCAAGCCUGAUCCCCGCAUCGGCAUUGGCAUGUGCCUAUGGUCCCUCGGCUACAAGGACAAGGCCCGCCUGGCAUGGCAGCGGAGUCACGAACUCGAUCCCACAGACUGGUCCGUCAACCUCUUGUUGGGCUUGUACGAGUACAACGCAGCAAUGAGCGACGAGGAGACGGAUGAGUACGCGACUCUCCUGGUAGAAUCGUCAUUGGCGAGGAUUACGUCAGCGUUCAAGAAGAACAACAAGAGCGCGGCAGCGAGUAACAUACUCGCGGAGAUCUUGCUGCUGAAGAAGGAGAAGGGCAAGGUGAGGCCGAUGGAAGCUAUGAAACUGGCGGAACGCACUAUCCAAUUUGCAGACACGCUAUCGAUGCUGCAUGAAGGGCACUUACGUCUAGCACGCGUGGCUCACCGCAACGGUGACAAUGCUAUGGCGAUGAAGAACUACGAGGUCGCCGUCAAGUCAAAGAACGUGCUCGCGUCGAUCGGUCUCGCGCAGAUGCAAAUGCUCAACGACGAGAUCCCCGCCGCUAUCCACACCCUCGAUACCCUCGUCAAGCUCCCCGAAGCCAAGGAUGUACCCGAGGCCCUCGUCAUGCUCGCCUCGCUCCGCGCCUACCACCGCCCCGGUAUCUCGAGCUCCGACCUUGCCAAAGAGCGCGCCCGCGCGCGCGAGCUCUACACGCGCAUCUCGAGCCUCAUUGCCGAUGGUGCGCGGAGGGUACCUGCCGUCGUCGCGAGCGACCCGGACAUGUACAUCGAGAUUGCGCAGCUGUGGCAGGCGGACAACCGACCGCGCACGCUCGAGGCGCUCGAGCAGGCUGCGCGCGUGUGUACGACACCGGCGGCGGGGGUGGAGGAGCGGCCGGUAGACCCGAGAUUGAUGAAUAACCAGGGGGUGCUGCAUCACAUGCAGGGGAAGCACGAGCCAGCGGUGGUGCUGUAUCGACAGGCGAUCACGAAGACGCUGCAACUAGGGCCCGAGGGAGAGAUGAUGGGGGCGACGAUGCUGUACAACCUGGGAAGGGUGUACGAGGACUCGAGGGAUGACUUGGCGGCGAAGGAGGCAUACGACAAGCUUCUUGAGUUGCAUCCAGAGUAUGUCGAUGCCAAGAUCCGCCAAGCACACAUGCUCAUUGGUAUCAACAAGCAUAACGAAGCACACGACCUCCUCAAGCAGGCUCUCCAAUCCCAACCCAGUCACGGCAACCUCCGCGCCUACUACACCUACUUCCUCUCUACCACCCACCCGCCCCGCAUCACCAAGGAGUUUGUCUUCGCCACCCUGAAAGAUCACGAUAAGAACGACGUGUACGCGCUGUGUGCCGCCGGUGCUGCACACUAUGCCCAGGCGCGCGAGAGCCGGGACAACUCGUCGAAGGGCCUCGAGGACAGGAAGCGCAACUUCCAACGCGCGGUGGAAUGCUAUGACCGUGCGCUGCACAUCGACUCGCGGUGCGCGGUGGCGGCGAUGGGAUUGGCGAUUGCUACGGCAGAGGACGCACUCGAUACGCUGAGCCGGGGGAAGACGGAGAUGAACCCGGCGGCUCGGCAGAGGGAGGAGUUGGCGCGGAGGAAGCAGCACGGCGAGGCGUUGGACCUGUUCGGCAAGAUCAGAGAGUCCUUGGACAGCGGCAACGUGUACAUCAACAUCGGGCACAGCCACUUUUUCCGGGAAGAAUUCGACAAGGCGAUUGCCCAGUACGAGUCUGCGCUGAAGCACCUUGGUCAUCGACAUGUACCCCUUUUGCUCUAUCUCGCGCGAGCAUGGUAUACUCGGGGCACCCGUAUGAAGCGCGGCAUGGAGCCUAGGAACCUGAUGAAGAAGGAGUGGGCUGAGCGGAUUAGCCACAUCAAGAAAGCACUCGCCUACGCUGAGAAGGCCCUGCACGUCAGCCCCGGCGACAAGGCCAUCCAGUACAACAUCGCCAUGAUCACGCAAAAACCUGCCGAACUGCUGCUCAACGCCCAGAUCCAACCACACCAACGUGAGUUGGACACGCUACAGUGGGCCAUCGAUUGUGCGCAUACCGCACAAAAACUUUACGCUGCCCUGUCCGCCGAUGAGUCGCCCGUGUUGCCGUAUUCUCGCGAUAUCGCCGACCAGCGACAUACCUACGGCAACAACUUGCUACGUAGGGCGGACGAGGCAUUGCAGAAGCAACGCGAGUAUGAGAACACCAUCAACGCCGAACAUGAGAGCACGCGGCGGAUGCUUCAGGAGAAGCGCGAGCGCAAGGAGGCGGAGAUGGUGCGUAGUAAUAAGGCCUUGUGCUCGCUUUUUAUGAACUGA